CUCGCUUGUAUAAAUACCGCUCUACUUUCUCUUAAAACAGCGCCCUCUUUUUUUCCUCAGUUGCCAGCUCAGCUCCCGACGGAAAAAAAAAACGGUUACUAAAUAACAAAAAAAAAAGAAAGCCAGCCAAACUCGUCCGAGUCGACUCGUUUCCCCGCCCAUUUUAUAUUUGCGCCUCGAAUCGGGCUCGAGUUUUCAAUUUGAACUCAGUUCGGGUUUGGAUCUGGUAAGGCUUAAAGGUAAAGCAGAAGGUGUAUCACAAUGAAGGCACUUAUUCUUGUUGGAGGAUUUGGAACACGAUUGAGGCCGUUGACCCUUAGUGUUCCUAAGCCGCUUGUUGAAUUUGCUAACAAACCCAUGAUCCUGCAUCAGAUUGAGGCUCUUAAGGCUGUUGGUGUAACUGAAGUUGUUUUGGCUAUUAACUACCAACCUGAGGUAAUGUUGAACUUCUUGAAGGAAUUUGAAGCUAAAGUUGAGAUCAAGAUCUCAUGCUCUCAAGAGACUGAGCCACUCGGCACUGCUGGUCCUCUUGCUUUGGCUAGGGACAAACUCAUUGAUGGUUCUGGUGAGCCAUUUUUUGUGCUUAACAGUGAUGUUAUCAGCGAGUACCCAUUCAAAGAAAUGAUUGAAUUCCACAAAGGCCAUGGAGGAGAAGCUUCCAUAAUGGUAACCAAGGUGGAUGAGCCGUCAAAAUACGGUGUGGUUGUUAUGGAAGAAUCAACAGGGCAAGUCGACAAAUUUGUGGAAAAACCCAAAUUGUUUGUUGGGAACAAAAUUAAUGCUGGAAUUUAUCUGCUGAACCCAUCUGUUCUUGAUAGAAUUGAACUGAGACCCACUUCAAUCGAGAAGGAGGUCUUCCCAAAGAUUGCAGCAGAGAAGAAGCUGUAUGCAAUGGUCCUACCAGGGUUUUGGAUGGACAUUGGUCAGCCAAGGGAUUACAUUACUGGCCUGAGACUUUAUCUAGACUCCCUGCGAAAGAAAGCUUCAACUAAGUUGGCCACUGGUCCACACAUUGUGGGAAAUGUUUUGGUUCAUGAGAGUGCUAAGAUCGGAGAAGGAUGUUUGAUUGGACCCGAUGUGGCAAUCGGUCCAGGAUGCGUGGUCGAGUCUGGAGUCAGACUCUCCCGCUGCACAGUCAUGCGUGGAGUUCGCAUCAAGAAGCACGCCUGCAUAUCCAGCAGCAUCAUCGGAUGGCACUCCACCGUUGGGCAAUGGGCUCGUGUAGAGAACAUGACCAUCCUCGGAGAAGAUGUCCACGUAUGCGAUGAAAUUUACAGCAACGGCGGGGUGGUUCUGCCUCACAAAGAGAUCAAGUCUAGCAUUUUGAAGCCAGAGAUAGUCAUGUGACAAGUUCUGUUCCCUGAUGAGUUAGAAUAUCUUGUAGGGAGUAUUCACUUAAAUUGUCAUGCGUUUGUUCUUUUGUUAUAUUUUUUUUACUUUCCUUCUUUGUCUACCCCUCCCCCUCCAACACAGUUGUAAAAAACUCAGUUUCUCCAAGUCUGAGUGAUGCGUUUUCGACGGUUCAAGGGUCAUUUUCUGUAGCCAACUGCAUUGAGAUGAUCAUUGGUGUGAAAUGUGUAACUUUAGUGUGUAUAUAAAAAUAAAUUAUCACUUGGUUUAUGAACAAUUAAUUUUUUCAAUUGUAUAUUUUAUUUGAGCAUUUUCAAAGAAUAA